AUGCUUUCUCAGCUACGUGUCUUGUAUUUGCAUUUGAACCAUCUUACUGGAGAAAUUGCUUCCUCCUUGUCAAAUUGCACUUCCCUGGAGAUAAUGAGCGUAGCUGAAAAUCACUUAUCUGGAGAAAUUCCAACGAAGUUGUUCUCCAAGACUAUCCACUUGACAAACUUGUAUAUGGGUGGGAACAAUUUCAGCGGCAGGAUUCCUGUAUCUCUCUUCAAUUGUUCGCAACUUCAAUUUCUUGUCUUACCCAACAACCAGCUAAGUGGAAUAGUCCCCACAGAGUUAGGAAAUUUGCGUGCACUUAGGGCUCUUUCUUUGUGGAGUAAUCAGUUUGUUAGUGGUAGCACCACAAGCUUACCGUUUCUCACUGCUCUUAUUAAUUGUUCUUUUCUUACACAAAUAGACUGUGAUGAUAAUCAUUUCACAGGUCUCAUACCCUCAUCUGUGGGACACCUUUCUACACAUUUAGAAAUUUUAAACUUGGGUUACAACAGAAUAAGAAGAGAAUUUCCUCCGCAGAUUGGAUACCUCACCAAUCUAACUCUACUAUCUUUAAAUAUAAAUCUUUUGACAGGUGUGAUUCCUUCUGCAAUCGGUAAGCUCCAAAGGUUGGAGAGACUAUUCUUGGGUUUCAAUAAUUCACAAGGAAACAUCCCAACGGAGAUUGGUCAGCUAAAGAACCUAGGGGUUCUAUCUCUUUCACACAAUAACAUUUCUGGAAAAAUUCCUGACUCGCUUUCCUAUCUCCAGCAGAUACGAUACUUGUACCUUGAUACCAACGAGCUAACAGGAACUAUUCCUUCAGGUUUAGGUGAUUGCAGGAAGUUGGAAGCGCUUGAUCUCUCAAGCAACAAGCUCCAUGGACGCAUACCUCCACAGGUGGCGGUACUUCCAAAUUUACUUUUCCGUUUCAAUCUUUUCAGUAAUUUCUUGGAGGGUCCCCUGCCUGCAGAACUCAGUCCAAUUCCAGAUUCUCUAGAGAAACUUAAAAACCUCAAAGACUUAGAUUUCUCUUCCAACAAUUUGUCAGGAAGGAUACCAUUGACUUUGGAAAAGCUUACAGCACUUCAGCAUCUUAAUUUGUCUAUAAACCAGUUGUCAGGAGAAGUCCCAAAACAUGGUGUUUUCAAAAAGCUUUAUGUAACAUCGUUUACUAGAAAUCUUGGGCUAUGUGGACCUUGGGUAAUGUUACCGCCAUGCGCUGCUCCCAAACAUCAAAGUCUCAGGUAUCUACAAACUGUACUUAUACCCAUUGGGACUGGAGUGUUUGUUAUUUGUUGUGUGGUCAUGUUUUUCAUGUGGAGAUGCUAUUGCAAGACACGGUCUGUGACCUUGAAACCCUUUGAGGUGGGCCCUCAGAAAGUUUCAUUUCAAGAACUUCUCGCUGCAACUGAUGGGUUCAAUGAGGCCAACUUAUUACGAGUUGGUAGCUUUGGAAAAGUGUUCAAAGGGGUUCUACAAGAUGGCACAAUGGUUGCUAUCAAAGUUCUUAAUAUCCUGGAUGAAUAUGCAAGGAAAAGUUUUGAUAGAGAGUGCAAUAUUUUAAGGAGAGUUCGGCUUAAAAUCAUAACCUCUUAUUUGGAUUUAGAUGUCAAAGCUUUAAUAUUUCCUCUUGUGCCAAAUGGCAGUCUAGACAUUUUUUUAUAUCCUGCAGGCGAACAAAGCUCUCAAGGUCAACUGUGUCACUUGGAUUUGAUUCAAAGGCUUAGCAUAGCAUUGGACGUUGCACAAGGCAUGGAAUACCUUCAUCACCGAUGUUUUGUGCAAGUCAUCCAUUGUGAUCUAAAGCCCAGUAAUGUGCUUCUUGGUGAGGACAUGACAGCCUUUUUGACAGAUUUUGGCAUUUCAAGCUUGUCUCUGGGAAACUCCAUUGAUUCAUACACUUCUACACACACCCUGAAAGGAUCCAUUGGAUAUAUUGCUCCAGAGUAUGGAGUGAGUGGACAUGUUACUACAAAAGGAGAUGUUUACAGCUAUAGAAUAAUGCUAUUAGAGAUGAUGACUAGAAAGAAGCCAACCGGCAGCAUAUUCAUAGAAGGUAUGAACUUGCAUAAGUGGGUGAGCAGAUGUUUUCCGAAUACAAUAGAUGAUGUGGUUGACAGAAAUUUUUUAAGUGGUGACCUGAACAAUGAUGAAAAUAAGGCAUUGAAUUGCCUCAAGAAACUCAUCUGUGUAGGUUUGCUUUGUACAAAAGAAUCCCCAGAAGAACGCCCGAGUAUGAUUGACAUAGUAAAAAUAUUGCAUAUUCUCAAAGACAGUUUCCUUGGAGUUGCUUCAGCUACUACAUUUCAGAUAGAGUUAUCAUCGUUGCUAAAUAGCAGAAAUGUUGGUGGCAAUGAUGAUGAAAGCCAAAGUUUUUCAUUCUAA